AUGUUUAGAAAUAGGCUACUUUAUACUAUUAGAAAUGUUUAUAGAACUAGAACAAAAAACGCUAUAUCAAAACAUCGAACAAUUGCGCCGGUGACUUUGGGGUUAUUAAGUUCAGUUUUCUGCACCGAAAAACAUGAAAUGAACUUAGCUUACGAUAGUGACAGCCUAGAACACGAAUUCCUUAUACGCCAAGCCACGACAGUGAAUGUAAAUGCAGCAACACAAUUACUAACAGUAACUUUAGUAGCAAUUCAAGAUACGAGUGAAAGGUUAAGAGAUGCUCUAUCCAAAGAAAUCUGCCUUGUGAAACAAGCCUUAGAAUGGGGGGAUGAAGCCACCCCACCAAAUCACUGGGAUCAAUUAGUAGCUGUUCGAGGAGUCCUGUGUGACUUGAAACAUAAUUUGAGAACUCUUUUUAGUUACAUGGAUUAUGCAGAGAAAUUAGCUACAACAGCGGCAGAGAUAUCUUAUUUGUCUGGAAACAUAACAGCCUCAGAUGCUAUCUGUGAGAGAAUUGAUCAUGCAUGCAGGACUUGUAAUACUCAAAAACAGUUAACACAUGAGCUACAGCAAGAGAGCUUGGAGUUACAACAGCAGGCUAUAAUAAGUGCACCUCACCUCGAGGACAAACUGAAAGACGUGACAAACGACAAGAAAUUAAAGUGA